GAGGCGUCGCGCGGCGGCGGGGACGCGCAGGCGCUGCCAUGGCGACGGCGGCGGAGCAGCAGGGCCAGGCCGCGGCCCGGGAGGAAGCCCCGGAUGGGGCCCGGGAUGAGGCCGCGGCCGGCGCUGAGGAAACGGUGAAGAUCAUCUGCCUGGGCGACAGUGCCGUGGGCAAGUCCAAGUUGCUGGAGCGGUUCCUGCUCGAUGGCUUCCGCCCCCAGCAGCUGUCCACGUUCGCCCUGACGCUGUACCAGCACCGCGCCCGCGUGGGCGGGCAGGAGGUCCGCGUGGACUUCUGGGACACAGCGGGCCAGGAACGGUUCCGGAGCAUGCACGCCUCCUACUACCACCAGGCCCAUGCCUGCAUCAUGGUGUUUGAUGUGCAGCGGAAGGUCACCUACAAGAACCUGAACAGCUGGUACAAGGAGCUGAGGGAAUUCCGCCCAGAGAUUCCAUGCAUUGUAGUGGCCAACAAGAUUGAUGCGGAUAUGAAGGUGACCCAGAAAAGCUUCAAUUUUGCCCGGAAGUUCAGUUUGCCCUUUUACUUUGUGUCUGCUGCUGAUGGCACCAACGUGGUGAAGCUCUUCAACGACGCCAUCAGACUGGCCGUGGCUUACAAACAGCACUCGGGAGACUUCAUGGACGAGGUCCUGCGGGAGCUGGAGAGCUUUGAUCUGCAGAACACAGGCAAGGAUUUGUCAAAUAAAGGGAAAAGCUGCACUGAAGAGGAGCCCUCAUCUGCCUAGGCCUGUUUUCCCCUUGGCUCUGGACAUCUGGGGCCUGCACGGAGGACAGUGAUGCUUCUCAUGCCCUAGAGCUGUGUUGAUGGGCAGCUGGGCCUCUUCCCUUCUUGUGGGAGCCUACCUGGGCAGGAUCUUCAUUGGCUCAGCCCUCACCGCUGCACAUUUCGCUCAGAGGGAUGGGAGAAUCCACAGGAUUCCACAUGGAUGGUGGCUCAUUCCUACUGCUCCUUCAGAACAGAGCUGCCUAGGAGAAGUGAGCCAUCCUGGACCUGCAGGAGGGAUCCUACCCAGGCGCUGUAGUGGUACCUGCUGCAGAAAGCAAACACUAAAGGAUAUUUUUUACAAAGCUA